CUGAAGUUACAGCAAUUGAAGAUGGGUUUUGGGAAGAUAAUUGCCCUAGCGGUGAGUGUGGGUCUAGUUGUGUGCUUCGUGCAGGGCGGACCGUCGAAGAAGGAGCAAAAGGCGUUGGAGGAGAAGAACAAUUGGUGGAAGAACGAGGUGUUCUACCAGAUCUAUCCGAGAUCCUUCCAGGACAACGAUGGCGAUGGCAUUGGCGAUCUGCCAGGCGUCACCUCAAGGCUGGAGUAUCUGAAGGAGACGGGCAUCACGGCCAUCUGGAUGAGUCCCAUCUUCGAAUCGCCCAUGGUGGACUUUGGCUAUGACAUUUCCAACUACACGAACAUUCACCCGGAGUACGGAACCCUGGACGACUUCGAUGCACUGAUAGCGAAGGCCAACGAGCUGGGCAUCAAGGUCAUCCUCGACUUUGUGCCCAACCACAGCUCCGACAAGCAUCCCUGGUUCGCCAAGUCGAUCGCCAGGGAGGAUGGCUACGAGGACUUCUACGUCUGGGAGAACGGUACUCUCCUGGAGAACGGCACUCGCGUGCCGCCCAACAACUGGCGAUCUGUCUUCUCCGGCUCUGCCUGGGAGUGGAACGACGAGAGGGAACAGUACUACCUGCGUCAGUUCACCUACGCCCAGCCGGAUCUGAACUACCGCAAUCCGGCCGUGGUCCAGGCCAUGGACGACACUCUGCAGUUUUGGCUGAACAAAGGAGUCGCUGGGUUCCGCAUCGAUGCCAUCAUCUACAUCUACGAGGACAUACAGCAGCGGGACGAGCCCCUGAGCGGCACCACCAGCGAUCCCAAUUCGUACGACUACCUCGAUCACAUCUACACGAAGAACCAAGACGAGGGCUAUGGCCUCCUGCAGCACUGGCGACAGCUCCUCGACAACUACUCGGCCCUAAAUGAGGGUCCUCUGAGGAUUAUGAUGACCGAGGGCUACGCCCCCCUGACGAAGCUGAUGGAUUACUACGAGGAUGCGCAGGGCGUUCAGGGACCACAGUUUCCCUUCAACUUUGACUUCAUAACCGAGCUGAAUGCCAACUCCUUGGCGGCGGACUUUGUCUUCUUCAUCGAGCGAUGGCUGAUCUACAUGCCCCGUGGACACGUGGCCAAUUGGGUGAUGGGCAAUCACGAUAAUCCCCGUGUGGCCUCGCGUUUUGGUGCCCAGUCCGUGGAUGCCAUGAAUAUGCUGAUGAUGACGCUGCCUGGCAUCGGUGUGACCUACAAUGGCGAAGAAUUGGGCAUGAUCGACUACCGUGACAUUAGCUGGGAGGAAACUGUGGACCAACCCGCCUGUGAGGCUGGCAUCGACAACUACAAGUGGAUCUCCCGCGACCCUGAGCGCACGCCCAUGCAGUGGAGCGACGAGGCCAAUGCCGGAUUCUCCAAUGCCAGCGCCACUUGGCUGCCCGUCCAUCCCAACUACAAGGAGCUGAAUCUCCGCAACCAGCAGCAGGCCCAGCGCAGUCACUACAAGGUCUACCAGUCGCUCCUGAAACUGAGACAGCUGUCGGCCCUGAAGAACGGUGCCUUCAUACCUGAGGUGGUGAAUCGCAGGGUGUUUGCUUUCAAGCGUGAGAUCAAGGGCCAAAACACUCUUCUGACCAUCAUCAACGUCAAGAACCAGACGGAGCAGGUGGACAUUAGUGAUUUUAUCGAUUUGCCCAAUCGGCUGCAUGUCCUCGUCGCUGGUGUCGACUCCGAGCAUCGUGCGGGCGAGCGUCUCAGUCCCGAGGCCAUCGCUCUGGCACCCUACGAGGGUCUGGUCAUUCAGCUGAGCAAGCGAAAAUAAUUAACAUACUUGUAUAAUGUUGUUGUAUUUCAUUAAUUAUACGAGUAAUGCAGCUUUUC